AUGGACGACCCAGUAUUGAAGAACUUCAACUCUGAGCUAGCCACUCUGUUCGAUUCUCGGAACUUGAGCAAGAACAAAAUCCAAGACAUCACGAAGGCAGCGAUAAAGGCGCAGAAACAUUAUAAGCAUGUAGUCUAUGGAUGCGAGAAGCUUAUAACAAAGUGCAAGCCUGAUCAACGGCUCAACGUAUUAUAUGUGAUCGAUAGCAUCGUCCGUGCGGCGAAUCAUCAACUGAAACACGACAUGUUCGGUCCUCGGUUCAUGAAGCAAUUCGACAAGUUCUUCGAGCCGCUUAUGAAGUGCAAUUCGAAGGACAAGAUGAAAUUGGUGCGGACGCUCAACUUGUGGAUGGCCAACAAGGUUUUCACCGAGGCACAGAUACAGCCAUAUCGCGACAGGUGCAAAUUCGCGGGACUCAAGAUAGAGUUCGAGGAAGUGGAGCGUAUCGUGAAAGGAGCAAAUGCCGACAUGUCUAUUUACUCUGGCACAUACAGAAGGAAAUCCCGAGGUAACAAGCAAGCUCGUACUCCUCCGAUGCCACCUCCUGAUGAUGGUCUUCUAGGAGCUGGUCCUUCGUUUAAAGGUCCCGACAUUCCGACGUUUGUGCUCUCCGAAGAGAUAGUGAAUGGAACGAUUUCGGAACGAGAGAUGUUGGAAAUGAUUCAGAAGUUUGGAAUCGAUCGGUCUGGAGUGCUCACAAAGGAUCGUAAUCAGCUUCAAAAGGUUCUUCAAACUUUCAUUGCAAUUUUGGCACCGAAGAUCACUGAAGCCCAGAACGAAAAGAACAAAAAGGAUGGAACAAGUAUACAGAAUGUUUUAACGAGAGAUUUUGAGUAUUCGGAUGACGAAGACGAUAAGGAGAAAGAGCCGGAGAAGGAAAUCAAGAAGUUGAACCAUGACGAGAUUCUUGGUUUGGCUAAUACCUUGAUCACUCAGCCAGCUAUUCUCUCUAAAAUCACUGAAGUGUUCACAACAACUGCCGUCAACCCAUUCGGCCUUCCUCUCAUGCCACAAAACACUGUUCCAACGUCGUCAGCGCCCAUGAAUCUAGGAGCCCCACCACCAAAUCUGAUGGCUCUCCAGCAAUCGUUGCCACCCGGUUUGGCUAACCAACAUCUGGGUCUUCAGAAUAUUCCAGGCUUCAACGCCGCACAGCUUCUAAACCCACAAAACGCACAAGCGGCCCUCAUGCUUCAACAGCGCGCCGCACAGCUGCAGGCGCUCCAAGGGCAAGUGGGCACCGCGGGCAACCAACCAAACCUAAUGAUGCUGGGUAAUCCUCUUCUACCGUUUGCCCUUCAAGCCGGCGUCAACCCGUUGCUCACGGAGCUGGCGGCCGCGCAGCAAGCGUUGCUCGCCAACGAGAACAUGGAGAGCCCGCAGAAGAAUAUGAAAAUGGCGGAAGCGUCGAAUAACAACGAAAUGGAUAAGGCAAAGAAGGAUAAAGAGAAAGAGAAGGAGAAUAAGGAGAGGAGGAAAAUGGGACUUCCGGCUGUGAAAGCUGGAUUUACUAUUGGUGAGUCGAAUGAGAAAUCUGAUGAAAGGGGAAAAGGAAUUGAUGGGAAUCAGGCUAAUUUUUUUCUGUUUUCAGUUGCCUCUCGUACCUUGCUGCUCAAAAAACUACCUACUAAUGUUGUGGAAGCCGAUGUGAAGCAAGCUGUAGAAUCAUGUGGAGAGGCCGUUCGAGUCAAAGUUAUCAGCAAGUCAGCGUGUGCAUUCGUCACAAUGGAGACGAGAAAGAGUGCGAAUGAGGUGGUCCAGAAGCUUCGAGAGGUCUCUGUCGCUAAGAAAAUGGUCAGAGUUUACUGGGCCAGAAGUCCCGGACAGGAAGAUUCUUUCGUCGAACACUGGGAUUGCAAUCGUGGAGUCUGGGAGCUCCCAUACGACAAACUGCCAUCUGACCUCAAAACUUUCUGCGAAGGAUCGAUGCUAGAUGUGGAAUCUCUCCCAGCCGACAAAAAGACGUUGUACAAGGAUAAUGGAGAGUCGCUCAUCUCGAUGCCACCUCCUCCUACCAUGCAACCACCCGUUCCACAGCCUCCACCAAUGGGCUUCCCGUUCCAUCCUCAGUUAGGACAACUUCCAGGGCAACCAAGACCACCUGGACUUCCACCAGGCGUCCCACCAAUGUUCCAAUUGAACCUCAACGCUCCACCUCCACCAGGAAUGCCACAAAUUCCUGGAUUUCCACCAGCGCCAGGAGUCGGACCACCACACGGUGUGCCACCACCAGGAUUUGAUCCGAAUAAGCCGCCACCAAUGUUCCAACAGGGAUUCAACGCUCCGCCACCACCAUUCGGUCGUGGAGGACCAGUUGGUGCGCCACCUCCAAUGCCGCCGCCACCAUUCCCACCACGUGCCGGACCACCACCAGGAAUGCACGGACCACCACCCGCAUUCCGUGGCGGACCACCACCUCCAUCUCACUUCGACUCUUCUCGUCGUGGACCACCAUUCCGACCGGAAAAUGGACGUGGAAGGCUUCCGGAUCAACAGGAGAUGUGGCGUGAGCAUCAACGAUCUGUAAGAGACAAUGGUAGAGAUCAUGGACGGGAUCGCGACUAUGAACAUCGUGAUCGUGAUCGAUCUCAAAUCGAUCGUCGCCGAUCGGAAGAUGGAGCAAGAAGACGUUCUCGAUGGGGAGAUGAUGAUAGGAAGGAGGAUGAUCGUCACGAUGACAGAAGAGAUGAUAGACGUGACGAUAGACGUGAUGAUAGACGAGAUCGACGCAGAACUUCCCGAUCACCUGAUCGCCGGAUACGCCGAUCGCCAAGCUACGAAAGAGAUAGCAAACGUGAGCCAUCUGUCAAGAAGUCGAGCGCCGAGGAAGCCACCGUCUCCUCAACCACUCUUGAUGAACUGAAGGAUCCAGUUCAAGAGCCUGAAACCGUGCCAACUGCCGAGAAAGAAGAGCAAGAAGCCGCCCCUGAGCCAGUCAAGCCACCACUACAAAUCACUGAAAUCGCCUCAAUCGCUGAUGAUCAUCAAGACAAAACCGAAGAGGUUCCAAUGGAUCUCGAAUGA